AUGACUGUAUGCUACGAAAUCGGACGGCGCUGUUCCAAAGAAACGGUAAAAGAGGAACACAGACAGGUACCUCAUACCAUUCCCCCUAUUUCCUUGAGCAACACCUGCAAAUCGUGGGAUUCAGUUGAACGCGCUCAAUUGCUUGAUAAUUAUCACCCUCAGUAUUCAUACGCACAAUUCUAUCCGGAACAUCGUGACGACCUCAAUCUGCAAUUAGCGGAGUGUUUAGGUGAUCGGUUUACUGCAAUUACAUCAGUAAUCUACUCGCUCUUUGCUUCGAUACUGCAAGAUAAAGAUCGUUAUGAUGCAUUAUUGAGUUAUCGAGGUGAUUCUGCUCAGCAAAUUCUUGAUCUUUUGCAAAUGUUAUUGGAUUGUCCGGAAGCGAACGCUGCUACAAAGAAGAGCCUUCUGGUUACCCUCGCAAAACUAAGUAGUAGAACUGGCUUGCAUCCUCGGUGCUUCAUUUUGACGGGUAUUUUGCGAGGGAGCUCGCCCUUGGUUUCUGGGGCGUUUGGCGACAUUUGGAAGGGCGAUUUUAACGGACGACCUGUUUGCUUAAAAGUCAUCAAGAUGUAUGCAGACUCGAGCAAGGAGAAGUGGGUCAAGACUUUUUCCAAGGAAGCCAUAUUGUGGAGUCACGUAUCUCACCCAAAUGUUCUGCCUUUUUACGGAAUUUUCCACCUCGACGAAAUUCAUGGAAGGAUGUGCCUUGUUUCUCCGUGGAUGGACCGUGGAAAUAUAAAUGAAUAUUUGAUCCAGAACCCAAGUGUCUGUCGGUUAUUCUUGACAUUAGACAUUGCACAAGGUUUGGUAUACCUUCAUGAGCAGGGUAUUGUCCAUGGAGACAUCAAAGGUGCAAAUAUCCUCGUAACGGAGUCAGGUCGCGCCUGUCUGGCCGAUUUCGGACUUUCCAGAUUUCAGGACGGUGCAGAACUUUCUGGUUCACAGUCCGGAAGCACCAGCUUCUUGGGUGGUACGACUCGCUGGCAGGCUCCCGAACUUUUGGAUCCAAAGGUUGAACAUCCACAACUAACAAAAGAAAGCGACGUUUACGCAUAUGCAUGCGUUCUUUAUGAGAUCUAUGUCGGAAGGGUUCCAUUUUUUGAAUAUAUGAGAGAUGUGACUGUCAUUUAUAAGAUUGGGCAAGGCAAAAAGCCUUCGUGUCCGCCUCCAGAUAGCCAAUCAUUUUCUAUAUGGGGGCUUACAGACCAGCUAUGGAGCUUGAUGGAACAGUGCUGGGAGAAAGAUGCCCAAACCCGGCCUUCUAUCUUCGAGAUCAUGUUGGGAAUUGAAAAUAUAUGCUCAUCGCUCUCGGAUCCGCGUACUACCGACGACUGGGAGGAGCGUUCCGCUUCCCGGUUUCGAAAUUCAAUCUACCGAAGUGAUCGUCUCUCAAUACAUGUUCUGGAGACUGUUUUAUCAUGGGUGAGUUGA